AGAAGCGCUAUAUAAGCGGUCCGCUCUUGCCGUUCAUCACUCGACUCAUCUGGUUCGCACACUCCGGAUAACGUAACAACUCAUAGAACCAAUAUGAAGUUCGCAGCCACAGCUCUCCUCCUCACGAUCGGCGUCGCGGCGUCCGCUCGUCUCGAUCACACUUAUCUUCCACCAGGAUCCGCAGCCUCCGCCGGUGGUGCUGGAUUCGUUCAACCCCCGGGUUUCGGCAGCAGCUUCAACCGUCCCGCAUCCGUUUCCGCUCCCGCCUACAAGGCCCAGAGCGGAGCUUACAGCCAAGGUCAAACCGGAGGCUACCAAGGUCAGACCGGAGCUUACCAGGGUCAGAGCGGUGCCUACCAAGGUCAGAGCGGUGCCUACCAAGGUCAGGGCGGAGCUUACCAAGGUCAGAGCGGAGCUUACCAAGGUCAGAAGACCUCCUACAACCAGGGACAGACCGGAUACAGCGGUCAGCAAUACGCCAUAAAGCAGUUCAACAACGAGAACAACGGAGACGGAUCUUACCAGUUCAAUUACGAGACUGAGAACGGAAUCUCUGCUCAAGAAGCCGGCGUCCUUCAAGGUGACUCCGAGAGCGUGAGCGGAUCGUACUCGUACACCGGACCCGACGGCGUCCUCUACACGAUCCGCUACACCGCUGGACCGGACGGCUUCCAUCCCGAGGGCGCUCAUCUGCCAACACCGCCCCCGAUCUCCGAGGAGAUCCGUCGUGGAGUCGAGCUUUCCCUCGCCGCUGAAGCUCGUGGCGAAAAUCAGGACGGUCAGUACCGCGCCGAGCCCCAGCAGAACUACCAGAAGACGAGCUACCAGGGUGCCGGUGUUGGAGUCAAUUCGGCCAGCCAUGCCGGAUACCGGUACUGAUAAGGUUGCGUCGAUGAUUUUUUUUGUCGAGAGGAUUUCGACCCUGAUAUAUCGCUCUAUGAAUGUAUUAUUAACACCCGCGAAUUUACACACCCAGCUAAUAUGUGCAAUUUUUAAUUCUCUCCUUAGUAAUGAGUGUAAAUAAAGUUUAAGUUUUUUUAUACAACAAA